AUGGCUAGUAAUCUUCAGCACUUCAAGAACAUGCCAAAAGUUCGAUUAAGCACCACCGGGACACCAUCUAAUCAAGAACACGAGAGCAGUGAUGUUCUUGAAGAAGCUAAGCAUGAGUGCCACACACCAACUUCAGCCAAACACAAGAUUCCUACUAUGUUAAUCUGCCCAGCUCCACCAAAGAAACCAAGAAGCAGUGCAGUUUCGUGCAAAAGAAAAUUGUCAGAGCUUCACUUCUUUGAGACUUUGUAUCGCCAUGAGGUUGACAUGUUUUUAAGUUCCAUUAAGGACAAUGUUAUUUCCUCGUCGACUCGCUUGAUUUAG